CGCCCAUCGCCCAUCUCGAACCCGCCCAUCGCCUUCUUCUUCCCUUCUCUGUCUUCUCUGCUCUUCCUCUUCUCGCCGUCGAGUUCUCCAAGCUGUCUUCAUCAACCCUUUCUCUUCGCACACUCGGACGCCGUUCCCUCUCUGCGAUCUCGAAAACUCACAGGUCUCCCCUCAGACGACUGCCCCUAGCCUCUUCUUCCCCCUCCUGCUCUGUAUUGCUCCGAACUUCCGGCAGUGAUACUAUCUUCUCAACCAUCAACCUGGGUUCCAUCUUGUCAUCCCAGUACUCAACCGCAAGCAGCAGCUCUCCGGCCGAAAUGUCAAAGUAUCAGGAACAAGUCAAGGAGCUUGUGGCGGAGAACCCGAUUAUUGUCUUUAGCAAAUCGUGGUGCCCGUACUGCCGCCAGGCCAAGACCACUCUCGACGCCGAGAACGUCCAGCACAAGGAUCUCGAGCUCGACCAGAUGGACACCGGCGACGCCAUCCAGGCUGCUAUUGGCGAGCUCACCGCGCAGCGAACCGUCCCUGCUAUCUUCAUUGGCGGCAAGUUCAUCGGCGGAAACUCCGAUCUGCAAGCUUUGAAGCGUAACGGAAGAUUGAAAGUUAUGUUGAAGGAGGCCGUUUCGACUGCUUAAACGGUUACUUGAUGUCUUUAAUCUCUAUUGAGGUGACGAUGUUUUUGAUUAGCGGUCGGAUCAGUGCUUGGUUUUGAUGUCUAUUAGUUAAAGAAGGUCUAAAGUAUGAUGCAGUUCUGUGCACGCAAGACUGAGUGAUUGAAUAUAUUGAUUUCAAGACAGUAAAUUCAAUUCUCAGUAAUUUAUACAAUGUACAGAACGUAAUAGUGGUCCAUUCAAGACGUUUCAUUUCCCAGAUACUAUAUACCGUAUACUA